AUUUACGUUACGUAAUGUUUAUUACGUAAGUGGUGAAAAAUAAUAUAAACUUAAAACUUUUUACAUAGUAUUUUAGAUAUUUAUACAACACACAACAGACGAAGAAAAUGACUUCUUUAUACUUUGAAGAACACGACUGCAGCGACAAUGAAGGCGACAAUCCAGCUUUGGAUCUACUUUUGCUUGCGAGAAUGUUUAUGAGAAGUGAAGGAAUGAUUGAUGUGGAUAUAAACAGUUUUUCUGAAGAACUAAAGGCACCUCCUGCUUCAAAGAAAGUCGUCCAAGAAUUGCCAAGAACCAAGGCUAAAAAUACACCGACAGGAAAGGCAUCUUGCCCUGUUUGUUUAGAGAAAUAUGAGAAAAAAGAAGUCUACAUUGAAUUGCCUUGCAUGCACAAGUUUCACGAGGACUGCAUUCUGUCUUGGUUAAAUCAGACAAACUCAUGCCCAGUUUGCCGUCAUGAGUUACCAACAGACAAUUCAGAAUAUGAAGAAAUGAGGAUCCAGAAAGAACAUGAAAAGCAACGAACGUUUCGAGUGGCGGCGUUACAUUCCAGUAUGUUCUGCUGACAAGCUCAAAGCAAUUUCACAUCCUAAUGUGUAGAAAUAACAUAUAUAUACUAAUACUGUAGUCAGGGAUGAUGGGGAACAGGGAGUAUGAGCAUGGGUUACCAGGGUUGGGAUUUCAAUAGCUUAGGUAAUGGUGUGAUAUUUUUACCAAUGCAGGUUACAGUCCUGCAGAAAUCUUUAGAGGCUUUUGUUUUAUUAUAAACAAGCAGCGAAAUGAGAGGAGAAUGUUGAAAUUUUAAGCAAGGAACCUUGCAACAAGUAUCUUGCUCAAAAUGACAAGGUUCGUCUUUACAUUUUUCAUCUUAACAAAUAUUAAAAGCGCCAUUUGUGGAUAAAUUGUAAAAAAAAACAUGU